UACCACUCACAUGCAGAGGAACGACAACCACAGAAGAAGAAGCUCCACCUGAAAUGAAUCGAAAGAACGUGCUAGUCUGAUAAAUCACGUACUUUUUAUUCAAAUACGUUUGUUUAAAGUCUAUCGAAGGAUACUGUUUUGGAGUGAUAAUGUCGGGGAUACCUGCAGACACAUGGCAGCCGCCAACAGUGGUUUUGGACACGACGAUGGGACCGAUUGUGGUGGAGCUGUACUGGAGACAUGCGCCAAAAACCUGCAAGAACUUCGCAGAGCUGGCCAGAAGAGGCUACUACAUCAACACGAAGUUUCACCGAACAAUCAAAGACUUCAUGGUGCAGGGAGGAGACCCUACAGGAACAGGUCGUGGUGGUGCCUCCAUAUUUGGUAAACAGUUUGAAGAUGAGCUGCACCCAGAACUGAAAUUCACAGGUGCUGGUAUUUUGGCGAUGGCCAAUUCAGGACCAGACACAAACGGGAGCCAGUUCUUCUUCACCCUCGGCCCCACUCAGUGGUUAGAUGGAAAGCACACUAUUUUUGGAAGAGUAGCCCAGGGAAUGGGAGUGCUGAACCGAAUUGGGAUGGUAGAAACAAACGGUCAAGAUCGGCCAGUCGAUGACAUAAAAAUCAUCAAAAGUAAAUAAACAAAUACAGAUUUUUUUUACACUGAUUUUUUUUUUUUUUAUUCAAUAAAUGUUUGUUAAAUGUUUUGAUGUCAUGUUUUUUUAAUUGUAUGAGGCUAGCCUAGUAUGGAAAUGGUCAAUCCAUGGCGUUGUUUCAUUUGUACCGACUGAAACGUGGAGAAACAGACAAAAGUUCAGAGCUAGUUACAUAUCAAUGUCAAUUUAAAGCAAAAAAAAGCCCCAAAAUUGGUUGAGGUUAAUAAAUAUGAGAAUUUGCUGCUUUUCUUAGUGUUCACAGUAAAAUGAAUAUCUUUUGGGCUUGAUUGGAUUAAAAAAAGUUAUUUUAA